AUGGAUUCUGUAAUUCUUGGAACAACUGCUGUUCUUGCUGUAGGCUUAGGAUCAUAUUUUGCAGCACGUGAUAUCAGUAAUAUAUCAAGUAGCGUCUUAUCUUCAAGUAGAGUUAAAUCAUAUCCAUUUAUGGCAGGCAUUUCAUUGCUUUCGAUCAAUUUAAUGUUUACAUAUCUUGAUCCAUAUUACGUUAACUUAGGUUUUACGUUUUAUUUCGGCUUAGCCGGUACAAAUAGCAUUUGGUUUUUAUUACGUGCAUUUUUUGGCAAAAAAUCUAGAAAAUUAUUUACAUAUCCACACUCAAAAUCCAUUCUUUUCGAAUUCGUUAUUCCUUCUGAACCAGUAGACUUUUUAUUAUCCGAUUUACCACUUUAUAUCAUUGGUGUUGUGAUCAAUGUCAUUUAUUUCACAACUAAGAAUAAUCUUGCAAACAAUAUCAUCGCCUUUUCUGUUGCUUUCUACGGUGUUUUAAGUAUUCGCGUUGAAAAAUUUACAUCUGCAGCUCCACUUCUUUGGUCGCUUCUUAUUUACGACGUAUUCUUUGUUUAUCAGACAGAUGUUAUGACCUCCGUUGCUCAGAAACUCGAAGGACCCGUUAAAUUAGUUAUUAAUCUUCAUGGACAUGGAAAUUCUGUCUUGGGACUUGGAGAUCUUGUUUUACCAGGCAUUUUCAUAUCCACAUGCUCUAGAUUUGAUCACUUUAUUAAGAAAGUCACUGGAAGACGUUCUCCGUACUGGUUUAUCGCAAUGGUUUUCUAUGCCACAGCCAUGGGUGUAACAGAUUACGUCUGCUAUAAGACACGCAGAGGUCAGCCAGCGCUUUUAUUCAUCACUCCGCUUGUUACGAUUCCAAUCUUGUUUACAGCUCUAGUUCGGAGGGAAUAUCGCGCAUUCUGCUCAUAUUCUGGGUAA